AUGGCAAUCCUGGGAACUCUUCUGCUUCUUUUCAUAACAGUCACCCAGAGGAAUGCAGGAGCUGAACGCUGCCCCUUUGGAUGGACACAUUAUGAAUUACAGUGCUACAAAUUCUUCUCUGUAGAGGCUGACUGGGUCACAGCAGAGGAUGGACAGUGGUUGUGGAGUGAUGGAUCUGUCUUCGGUUACACCAGUUGGUGUGAUGGAGAACCAAACAAUUCCAGUAGCAAUUGUGGGAACUGCUUGCAGAUACAUUGGACCUUGUUGGAAAGGUGA